GCCUGUCGUUAGCCACACCCCUUCCCUUCCCUGGAGAUCCGCCCCCAGCUUUGCCUUCCCAUUGCACUCUCCUUGAUCUCCACACCACUCCAUCUCCUGCCCCUUGCCCCCCGCCUAAGAGGGUCUCUGUCCUGCAUAGUCUGUCUCUCUGCGCGCACCUCUCCUUGGGGGCCUGCCUGGUUCUUUUUCUUCGCACCCAGGCGCUGCUGCCGCCAGCACCCGGAAUGGCUUGGUAUCACCUGGCAGUCAUCCUGCUUACCACCUGCCUGGUUUCUGCACUGGGUUUUCAACGGUCAUUCAUGGAAAUAGUUGUUCCUCAGAGGGUCCCGUCUGAUGCUGUUGGAAAUAUGGACAAGAUGAUCUUCAUUAUCAAACUGGAGGGGAUGCUAUACAGGAUUAAUCUGAGGCGACAAUCCUUUUUAACCAACAAUUUCAGAAUUUAUACAUAUAGCCCAGGUGGAUCUCUGAUGUCUGUUGCUCCUUCCAUUAAGCGGAACUGCUACUAUGAAGGCUAUGUCAGGGACUAUGAGGAUUCUGCUGUGAUGCUUAGCACCUGCGCUGGACUCAAGGGAGUGUUGCAGUUCCACAACGCCAGCUACGGGAUUGAGCCAAUGGGGCCGACUUCUGGGUUCCAACAUCUCGUUUAUCAAAUCGAUUACAGCAAUAGCAGCUAUCAGGUUUCGUCAGAGAAUUAUUCCGUGAAAUGGAGUGCAGCAUUGCCUCAGAAGCCACGAACAGGAGUAACAAUUAACUUCAGGACCAUGAGAUACGUGGAAAUGUAUGUGAUUGUGGCUCAGGAUCUGUAUAAUUUCUUGGGUUCUAAUGAAGACAUUGUGACAGAGAAAAUAACCCGGCUUAUCGGCUUUGUCAAUGCGAUGUUUUCCAAACUUAACAUCAAGAUUUUGCUGUCCUCUUUGGAGUUUUGGAUAGACCAGGAUCAAAUCCCCACUGCUGGAAAGGUCAACAAUCUACUGGAGAAGUUUGCUGACUGGAAACAUUCUCACCUCGCCCUUCGGCCCCACGACGUGGCAUUCUUAUUUCUCUACAGGGACUGGCCUAGUUCUGUGGGGUCCACAUUUGCCAGAAAGAUCUGCUCCAGACCCUCUUCUGCAGGGAUUGCCGUGUAUCAACAUGGAGUCACGCUGGAGAGCUUCUCAGUGAUCGUUGCACAACUGUUGGGGAUCAGCUUGGGCAUCUACUUUGACAACUCCAGGGACUGCCAGUGCUUGAAUUUCACCUGCCUAAUGCACACGAAAGCAAUCAGACGGUCCAGUGGCCCCAAGUCCUUCAGUAGCUGCAGCAUCAAAGACUUCCACAAUUUCCUGGGCUACGGGGAGGGGCAGUGCCUCUUGAACAAGCCACGCAUGGAUAUCAUGUACCGAGCGGCUUUCUGUGGCAACAAAGUUGUGGAAGAAGGGGAGCAGUGCGACUGUGGCACCGAGCAGCAGUGUAAGAAUGAUCGAUGCUGUGACUCAAACUGUAAGCUGAAAAGUGGCAAGGAGUGUGCCCAUGGCCCGUGUUGUGAGAAGAACUGCAAGCUGAAGAAAAGAGGCACCCUAUGCAGGAACACUCCUGAUGCUGACUGCGACCUGAAGGAGUACUGCAACGGCACCUCCACGGAGUGCUCGGAGAAUUUUUACGUCCAGAAUGGGCAGCUGUGUGAGGGAAACACCGGGGUUUGCAUGAACGGAGUCUGCCAAAGUCCAGAUCGCUGGUGCCGAAAAAUCUUUGGGAAGCAUUCAAAAAGUGGGCCUCCACAGUGCUAUGAAGAAAUUAAUGGUCAGAAGGACAGGAUGGGGCAUUGCGGCUCCUCUACACAAGGAUAUGAGAUCUGUCAGUGGCAAGACCUCCGGUGUGGCAAACUGGUGUGUGAAUACCCAAGCAAAAAGCCAUUCAUUAUUGACAACGCAGCGAUCAUUUACACGAAGGUGCAGAAUCGCCUGUGCGUCACCUUAGACUCCAUGAAGGGGCCAGGCGUGAAGGAUCCCUACUUGGUUCACGAUGGUACUGGCUGUGGCCCAAACAAGAUUUGCUUGAACCAGAAGUGUGUGGAUCGGGCCGCCAUCCCAAUAAAUUGCGACGCACAGAAGAAAUGUCACAGCAAAGGCGUGUGCAAUAACAAGGGAAAUUGCCACUGCAAUCCUGGCUGGGCUCCACCCGACUGCACCAGGGAAGACAGAGGAGGCUUGGGAGGAAGCAUCGACAGCUACUUCCGAAGCGGUAUGAUUGUGGGUGAAUCCCAUGCUGUUAGUCCCAAGAUGAGGAACUGGCUUCUGGUGGGGUUCUGUGUUUUCCUGCCUGUCGUCAUUGGUGCCGUCAUCUUGAUGGUGAAAUGGAAAGCGUAUUUGCCCUGGAAUGUGAAAGAGGGCGAAGAAGGAGAAGGAGAAGGAGGAGAAGAAGAAGAAGAAGAAAAUGAAGAAGAGGAGGAGGAGUCUGAAAGUGAAAGAUCUCAGGAAGCAAGUCAAGAGACUGUGAGCGUAUAACCAAGGACGGCAAAACCCGGAGAUAUGGUUACUGUACGGCCACGUGGAUGCCGAAAGCAGCCUUGAGUCUUUUCUUGCCUUCCAGAUGUUCAAAGCAGCAAAUCGCGCUGAUCUGGAACACAUCUGCCUACUGAUGCAAGCCAAUGCAUCUUGAGACCACUUCAGUUUCUACAAUAAAUGGCAUUUAUUCUAAAAAUGUAACUAAAA